AUGAAUGAUCAAUUUGGAAUAAAAAAUGUGGAACUGGAUUGGUUUAAGUCCUAUCUAACUAAUAGAGAGCAAGCAUGCAUUGUCAACGGUGCAAUGUCAUCACCUAAAAUGAUUGUGUGCGGAGUUCCGCAGGGAUCAAUUCUUGGUCCCUUGCUGUUUUUAUUAUAUAUUAAUGAUUUACCCGAAUGCCUCGAAAAAACUUUGCCACACCUAUACGCUGAUGAUACUCAAAUUUCUACUUCUGCUAAAACUAUUGAGGAACUUACUGAAAAUCUAAAUAAUGACCUGAAAAAAGUCGGUGAGUGGCUUGCUCGAAAUAAACUGCAACACCACCCAACUAAGACCAAAUUAAUGUAUAUCGGUUCAAAGUAUAAUACUGAUACUAUGACUUAUGAUAUUCCAGUAAUGAUGAAUAACCAAUUCAUAACUCUUGCUCAUUCGUACACAUGCCUUGGGGUUAAACUUGAUGAAAACCUUAAUUGGCAUGAGCAUGUUGAAAUGAUUUGUAAGAAAGUUGGGGCCGGCAUAGGAGCAAUGCAACGAAUUAAGCCAUAUGUUCCUAUAAAUACCCUGCAUACCAUUUACAGAGCUUUGAUAGAACCGUAUUUUGAUUAUUGUAGUCCAUUAUGGGACGUCUGUAACCAACAGCUGAAAGAUAAGCUUCAAAAGUUCCAAAACCGUGCAGCGAGAAUUAUAACCGGCGCCAGCUAUGAAAUAAGGUCUGCUGAUGUUCUUCGAUCCCUUGCUUGGGAAAAUUUAGAGAUAAGACAACGAACAACUAAAUCCACAUUAAUGUAUAAAGUCCUGAAUGAUUGCGCUGUGCCGAACUUGAAGGAUGCUCUAACGAGAAGGGACCUUGUUCAAACCAGUUAUAAUCUUCGCAAUACUUAUACUGACCUUACCCUUGCUAAGCCAAAACGAGAAUUUCUAAAAAAAAGCUUUAAGUAUAGCGGAGCUAAAUUGUGGAAUAGUCUUCCUUCUGAUGCGAAGCUAGCGCAAUCAAUUUAUUCUUUUAAAAACUGCCUGAAAGUUUCACGCUAACAUCCCCUAAUAUACUGUAUAUGCAUGCUUUAGAAAUAUGGGUCACACCGUUUGGAACUUAAUUCUUGUAUUGUAAAUAGUUGUAUAUAAUUCUUUAUUCUUUUCUAUAUCAUAUUUGUAAUUUUUAAUAGUAACAGACGUCCCUCGUGAAAAUCAACAAAUCGUUGACGAGGCUAACGUCUUUAAAUAAAGUUUACAUACAUACAUACAUAGUCUUCAAUAUUUGAGUGAAUCAUACUUUGGAAAUGACAAUAAAUUUUUAUUACCCAACCCUAGUUUGAGUUGGUUUGUUUUUCAUUUGCCCAACCUUGUACUAAUUCAAAGUUUUGUUCACCCAACUUUUUUCUCUUCGGCGCCACCGCCAUAAAUAAUGACCGAUACCUUAGAAGCAUUUUUGCCAGGAGUUGAAAUGACCGCGCGGGCACCUUUUAACUUUAUCUUGACUUUUAUUUAUUUUACACUCUUUGCUCUUCAUGAACAACAAGCAUAUCUUCAUUAAGUUAAGUUGGAUUUUCAUUUAAAUAAACAAUUAGAUCUCAAUAGGAACGACGCAAAACUCAACAACGUACAAUAUAUUCAUUUCGAUACCAACACAUGUUUAAAUAUGCAAGAACAGUCAAAGUCAAUAGCGAACAAGGAAAAUUCAUUUGGCGUUCAAGUCACGAUCAUUAACACAAAAUAAAAAGAACGAUCGAAACUGAAUGGAAUUUUAAUUAACCAGAACGCGAUUUCAAAAGAGUAUGAGUAUUGAGUAGGUACACAACAACAAGUCAUCAAAUAUGUCAUCUUUAAGACGUUUAUCUCGGAACAAGUUUAACACACAAUUUAGUUUUGUUGAUCGAUCUUAACCGUGAAUAAUCUCCGUUGCCAAACAUCGUGGCAACUAUUUGCGGAGCAGACCUUGUGUUAGCAACAUUUAACGCAGAUUAACUGAUAAUAGCUAAAGUCGUGUUGUGUUUAUUAUAACUUUUAGAGGGUGAUAUGGAUUCUGCCGAACGCGCAGGCUUUUCAGUGACAACAACUCAAGAUAGUUUACCGCAAUCUAGUAAGUAUAAGCCAUCCAUACAAUUUCCAUGGAGUGAGAAUGUAAUAUAUCAAUUAUUUUCAUCAUUUACAGUCUUUACAGUAGUUUUCUAUAACGUAUAUCUCAUGGUUUAGGGGAUGACAUUAAUACAGAUAAGGAUAAUUAUGGAUAUAACGUGGAAACAUUGCCAGACAGAUGAUGUUCACUGCAAGUAUCAUAUAAUAAAUAUUUGAAAAUCGCCCACUUUUGUAAUAAAGUUUAACAAUUAUUCGCCAAAGGCGAGGUGAGUAUCGGGGAAUAUUCGCCGAGACGAAGUCGAGGUGAAUAUUCCCCGAUAAUCACCGAGCCUGAGGCGAAUAAUUAUUUUAGUAUUUUUACACAAGUCUUUUGUGUUGUUGCAUGGGACUGAAUUUAUUUUAAUUUCGCUUAUUUCUUUAUCAGUAACUUCCACAAAACGGCUAGCCGCCAUUUUGAAAAUUUCGGUUUUAGCUUAAUACGUCAAAUUUGACCAAUCAACGUGUAGGAUUUGUCAUGUUCACUUGUGCAAAAAUACUAAUGUAGAAUAUAUAUAUUUUGUAUUACACGCAGACGAUUAGACGAAUCUUAUAACAAGAACUUAAAUCAACUCAAACUUUGUGAAGAGAGACCAGAUGUAGUAUAAAUAUUUAAAUUCUAAUAAAUAAACAAAUAUUUUUAAGUUCUUAAUUUUUAAAAACACUUUUGGAGUUGGACUUCUCAUAUAAUAUAUAAUCUUUCAAGCGCGAUUAAUAAAUGUGAGGAAUAAGUACAACAGCAAGAAAUAUAUUUAAGAUAUAAUAGUCGAAAAUACAAGAUUUGUCUAUGAUACAGUGGAAAAUGCAAGACUUAGGGGCCGAUUACAUGGAGCAUUUUCAACCCCGGGGUUGAACUCAGCCCUGUUUACCGGGUUGAAAUUUCAGCCCUGUCUGUAAUACAAAACUCUAUCAAAAUCAAACGCGCGAUUACAUGACAAAAUUUUCAACCCAGGGCUGAAAUUAUCAUGAGUUAUUCGAGCAUACGUGGUAGUGACUAUUUAUUAUAAGAAAACAAAAUAAAGGCUGCCGAGAACGUAUAGUAUAGCGUUUCAACCCCGGGGUUGAAAUAGUCCAUGUAAUCGCAAAAAAUUUCAACCCGGUUAACAGGGCUGAGUUCAACCCCGGGGUUGAAAGUUGUCCAUGUAAUCGGCGCCUUAAAUUGUCUAUGAUAGAGUGGAAAAUGCAAGAUUUGUCUAUGAUACAAUGGAAAAUGCAAGAUUUGUUUAAAAAAAGGUUUGGCUGAAAAAAGUCGAGCAAAUUUCAUUCUGUUCCCGUGCAUGAUUUUUUUCCUCCCGUAUACGCUCUUGCAGCCGAGAGCUAAACUGAAUCAUAGGAGUAAGGAUGAUUAUAAUAGCAUACCCCCUCACGUGUAUAAAUUUCUUAACUGAUAGUGAUAGCAGGUUGUCAGCCUUCGCAAUGCUGGUGAGCAAUUUAGUAGACAAUGCCUUUAUCAAGCCCUAGACAUGUUGGCAAUUAAAAAUUCACGAGUUCCUUAUCCCGUCGAAAUAUAACUUAUGUUAAAAUAUAGUUGUAUUUUACACUAAAAGAACGCUCUGAAAGCUUAAAAUAAUGGAAUAUAUAUGAAAUUCAGGAACUCUUUUUGUCUUUACUAUAUGAAAGAGUAUGUUAUUUUCAAACUAUGAAUUUCUGUGCCAUAGUCGCAUGUUGUGUUGUUUUGACUUGCCUUCUUGUCGGUGGAAAUACGGCAUUGAAUCUAAUGGAAAGAUUGAAAAAGCUUGGUUAUCGAGUUCAGGACAAAGAUGAUAUAUUAACAGGUAAGGAACAUAUAUUGUAACAAAUAAUGAUAUAGAUGCUGAGAAGCAUCUUUCAAAUUGUCUUGACUUAUGUAGUUUACGAUACAUGCUUGCUUUAUGUUUAUAUAUAUGAAAGUAUAUAUUUACAAGUACUUAUAAAGUAUAUCACAAACAAAAAUUUAUUCGUAUAGUCUAGUACUAGCCUGCAUUUUUCGUGGGGAGUUUUGGCAAGCAGAAAGAAACGGACGUUUCUUAUAAUAUAUGUAAUCUCAAUUUUUAACUGAAUUCUUAAAAGCGUGCACCUAUAUCAAAUUUGUUCUUGUAUAUAGUCCAUAUAGAUGAGCGUCAAUGCUUGACUUUUGUAAUUAUAUCCAUGUACAUUGUACAAACACAAAUUACUUAUAUUAUAAAUAUAAACAAAACAAUUCACUCGUCGGUCUUCGUAUAUAAACCACUGCAUUCUUUUGGAUCAUUUCGUACAAAUGCUUCAAAACUUUUGAUAGUGUAACUACUGUAAGCAUGCAGCCGUAAUAAUCGUAACGUGAAAAUUGAUUGCUUAACUGUUUAAGUUUUCAUUUUUUGCUCAUUUUCCUUAGAUCAUUUGUUAUCGGACAAAGGGAAAGACACUAAAGGUAUAUAAACUAUUUUAUGAUUGGGAAUUUUUGUCGUGUCUCUUUCAAAAAGAUAAUGCUCUCAUAAUGGACUUCGUUUGUUAUCAAAACAACCAUGUAAAAAAAAUCCCCUUUAGAGAAAUAUUAAAAGCGAUUUCCCUGUUCUAUAAGUAUUGCGAUCUCUGUUUAUGUGAAUGACAAACUUUGGAGGAAAAUGCAUUUUACAACAUACGCUUAAAGCUAGGACGGUUAUUAAUCUUGCAUGACUUGUUAAUUACCGAUCCAUAAAAUCCCCAUACAGUAAAGAUGUUUUAUUGGAGAGUAUGCUGAUACUAUACUAAAAUAUGAUAUCCCCCGCAUGGCUCUAACAAAAGAAAGAAACCCCUGCCCCUUCACCCAUAGCACAGAGUAGAGACAUACAGAGACGUAACUAGUGUACCCACCUUUUUUGUGCGCAUGCUCGGCAAGUUACUAGAUGCAUGCAUCUGAUUGGAUGACGAUCCGAUGACGACUCACUUUAAACUUGGUGAGCACGCGCAGUUGAUCAUUUUUCGCCCGGUCGCCUGAAAAAAAGUGGGUACAUGAUUACGUAAUCUUCCGCAGUGUUUACAACGGUCAGUUACGUCUCUGUAUGUCUUAUCUACUCUGUGCCCAUAGUAAAAACUGGACAUUGGCUUAGCUUCUUUUUAAAUGAAGUUUCAAAUUUCUCCAUUAAAACUCACGUUAGAUAUUUUUACUUUUCAUUUACCAGAUUCGGACAAUGCGUUCGGAUCGCAUGGGGUGAACCUUGAACUGUGGUUGGAAAUGGAUGGAUAUUCGGUGAAAUCACUCCUAAGUGAUCCCAGGUUCCCACAUACCCCUGAUAUUCGCACGUUAGCCCACAGUUUCAGAGAGCCGCGUGAUUUAGGAGAGAGUUACGCGUCUCGGCUGUAUGCUUGGUUUGCGCCCCCAGAGACUGGAAACUACCAGUUUCUUGUCUGUAAGUAUAUCAUGUUCAUUGUCUACUUAUACUUGCCUAAAUAUUGUGAUAAUCAUCACAAGACCUACAUAAUAAGGAAGAGCACAUUGACCUUAACAAAAUUUCAAAGUUUGAUGUUGAUUGGAUCAAUUCUGAUCAAGAUACAGCCAUUCAAAAACAAAAAAGUUACUAAGAAAUAUAUGGAUUUCUUAGAAAAUUGCGUAGAAUUUUUUUUUUAGGGUGUGGAAAAAACACUAUUUCAUGCAUUUUAGAAAACGUUUUAUGAUAAUUUGAGCCACAGAUUUGGUAUAUUUUAUGUUAUAGAUGAAAACGUUGAGAAGUUAUGCUGCCCCCUUCCCCCUCCCCAAAAAGAAAUUCUCAGUUUUGAAAGAAUUACAAAAUUGGUCCUGACGAAAACUGGGGGGGGGGGGGACGUGGCUACCCCUCUGCUUUGACUAGAUCAGGUUGAGAUGCGUCCUUCGUAAUGCCCCUCACUUUAUUGUUCUAAAUUGCAUAAGGCUCCAUUUACACUUGCAAUCUUUGCUGCGGUUUUAGGUGCGAUUUUCUUAUUCUGAUGGAUGUGAACGAGUGGAUGACUUAUGAAUGAGCCUGAUGAGCGUACACGUACUCAGAACAUUCAUCACUCAUCUACUCGUUCACAUACAUCAGAAGAAGAAAAUCGCCCCAGAAAUCGCAAAGUAUAAACGGGCCUUUUAAGUUCCCUGAAUAGCUAAUAUUUGGUUUGUUUUUCAUCUUAUUUCAGCAAGCAACCAUGAAGGACAGCUAUUCGUGAGCACUGAUGACAAACCCGAACACAAACGUCUCGUUGCCUUCAUAAAGAAUCCUGAUGCAACCCAUGAUCUGCAGUUUGACAAGUGAGUAACAUGAGCAAAGAUUGUUCACAAGUUUUAUUACUCAAGGCUGCAUUACACUAUCAAAGUUUCUGUAUUUUGCAUCGGUAACGCCAAGUUUUGAUGCUCGUGUGCCGGUGUGCCAUAUUGGUGUAUUUCUUCUACAUGCAUUUGUCAAGUUUUUCUUGGCGGCCUUACUCGCGUACAAAUUCUUGUUGUUGGAACAAGGCUGUUUGGCAAGGAAGAUUGUCAAUUUUUUGCCGUACACAAACAUGCAAAUAGAAUAUUUGCUCGUCAAUAUGGGGCUUAAGAAGUCUCGAGUUCGUUUGCCGCUCGGGGACUUAGAAGUAUUUGUAUAGGUAAUAGUAUUGUUUCGGAUAUAAUUUUGAAAAAACAUGCGCUACAGGAGUACAGCACCAGUGGAUUUUUCAAAGAUAAUCAAAGCAUGAAACACUCACGAACAUUUGCAACAUGACUCUGUAUAGCACUCUGCCCAUACUGUGAAAUUUGCAAUUGCACCACUAAAUCCAUAGUAUAUUCAUACUAUUUCGAUACUAUAUUUAUACUAUGAAAAUAUACAAUUAUUAUGGAUAGUCAAAAAUCCAUUCUAUUUCCAAUAAAUUAAGGUCCAUACAAUUUCCAUUCUAUGCAUUUUCAAAUUGUUUCCUAGCAUAGCUCAGUGGUCAAAGCGCUGGACUGGAAUCACAGGGGAUGCAGAUUCGAUUUCAGCCGAAAGGCCUAUAGUUGCAUCGGUAUAUAAAAGGUCUAAAAUAAGCAUAGAGUUUUCGCUCCUAAUUUUCAUGUGCAAAAACAAUUUAACAUUCUGUUUUGUCAUAUGAGAAAAAUCUUGCAUAUGAACUCUCUCUAAGUGGGUAUCUUACCUUUCAGGCUCGAAAGCCAGAAGUCGCCUAUAAUUCCGAUGAUCAAAAAUAAUUACUAUUACGUCGAAGGUUUACAUAAAGAAUUGUUUGGAAUUGAUAAUUUUGGUAUCGGCGUCAUAUUUCCUAAUGGAACAUACGACACACCCAUCAGUGAAGAAUACUGUUAUUAUUAUUAUAAGUCGUCCACUUUUGAAGGUAAGUAAUGCAUGGGCGACUCCAGCUAUAUAGACUAAAUUUUGAUCAAGGCAAGAAGAACGAAAUCCAACAACACCAUAGCUAGAAAGAGCGUCUUAGAAUGAGUAAAACUGCAAAGUUUGGUUGCGAAAUGUUGUAAAAUGAGGAACAUAUAGCCCUGCGAAGUUCGCAAAUUUUGUAUAUAUUUUUAUUACGCGCGGUAAAAAUAACCACUUUCUGCUCAAAGAUGAUUAUUUUUCCCGGGCAUAAUGCAAAUAUAUACAAAAUUUGCGAACUUCACAGGGCUAUAUUUUCCUCAUUUUACAACAUUUCGCAACCAAACUUUGCAAUUUUACUCAUUCUAAGAUGCUCUUUCCAGCUAUGGUAAUGGAUUUCGUUCUUCUUGUUUAGAUCAAAAUUUCCUCUUUUGCUGGAAUGAUCCAUUUUUGGUGUAAAGUUUCCAUGGAAGCAGUAAUUUGUGAUGCAGGGCUCAAAAUAACGAGAUUUUUCACCGUUCAUUGAUACGCUUCACUGACAGUGAAACAAACUAUUAAAAACUUGUUUCGAUACAUCAUAGUUUCAUGUUUUAAUUCAAGACGUCAGCAAUUACAUUGGAAGGCAUAAAAAUGUGGCCGGUCAAAAUGAUCGGUGAGAUGAAAAAGUGACCAAUCAAGAGGCAUUUUUGGCCGGUCAUUAUCCGUUGACCGGCCGUCAUUUUGAGCCCUGAGUGAUGGGUAGCCAAAUGCAAACGAAACAUAGAAUCAUAGAGUAAAACAUCCGGGGGAUUUUCAAGUGAUAUUCCAUUUUCAGAUUAUUAGGAGUGAGUGCCGGGCAAUCUGUGUUAGAAAAUGUUUUGUUACUGGUUUAUGAAAUUUUAAAGUGGUUUUUCUUGAAAUUAAACAUAGUGGUGGUUCCGUAGUAGUUCCUCAACCCGAAAGGGUUAUAGAUAAAUGUCAAGCUGUUUAUGAAUGCUGACACUAAUCCACAUCCCAUUAUUUUGGCUAAAUAUGUAUGUAGAUUAUAUAAUUAUCAUGAUCAUGAUGAGUGUUUGAAGGACUUUUAGUUGCUGGAAGCAUCGUAUAAUUGGAGAAAUAUAAGGAGAAGUUUUAAUAAAUAAAUAUAUAAAAUUGUGCUUCCCUUUCUACACGCAGACAAGACGGUUUCAAACCCCGAGGACGCGGGAAUGAAGGCGGCCGAGAAGGCGAGUGAAGAUAUAAUGGAAAAAGCGAAAGAAGAAGCUAAAAUAUCUGCCAUGAGGGAAGCGAAAAAAGAGGUUGAAAAAUUAUUAAACAUAAAGCCGUUGCCAGCCGGAGUGAAUGUGACGGGCAAUCACUCGAGGUUUAUCGAGGGAACUCAUUUUCACGAGGUUUUCAAGCAAGUUCUUAACAGUAAGAAGAAAAUAACAGCUACAUUUUGGAAAGCAACAGGCGAGUCUAAAUUCCAAAUUGUUCAUGAAGAGUUAGGUCCACCUCUUACUGGCCUUGUAAACUGCUCUUCCUGAAGGUCUAGUGAGGGCAGUCUCUUAGUAUUCUGUGUGUACGUCAGGCUAAAACCUAAACAAACUGUAUUCAUACAGAAUAGCUCCAUCAGUUCUUAACUGUUCCGCCUUGAAGUUCAGUAAGAUGGCUAUUAUUGAUCGUUGUAAGUGAUGGCUCUUACUAGAUCUCCAGGUGGACAAGUUAGAAUUUGUAGAACAAUCCCAAUAUAAGUAAAGUUAGUUCAGUUUUCUAGUUUAGGUUUCCUUUUGUGGUAACUCUAGGCCUUACUAUUAUCUCUGGAGAGUUUGGAACUGAUAGAGCUGGAAAAUAUAGAUAAAUUAGUUUAGUAGGACGAUGGUCUGAAACCUAGUUUUGUCUUAGUUUAUGUUCACUAUCAGUCACGAUGGUUGAUAGAGCUGUGCAAUCUCUGGUUCUUUUAGCUCUGGCUCCGCAGCCGUUCCGCACGUUGUAACCAAUAAAUUAUUGGCGUUGUAAUGCCAUUGUAUGCAAUAAAGUAUUGGGUUGUACCAAACGCAGACAACCCCUAACCCUAACUACUAACCCCUAACGCUAACCCCCACCCCUAAAGCCGGCGGCCCGCUACCCCUGCGGGGAAAAUACCCUACCGCCUUCCCACCAUCCACCAAGCUAAGCCACUGGACUAACAAGAGAUGACCCUUACUUGACCUCUAGGGAGAACAGUUUAAAACUGAUAUAGCUAUCUAGUAUAAAUAAGGUCAACUUAUACAUAUCCAUUUUUUUCUUACGUAGGAUUUUCGGGCGCUAUAAAGAUCUACUCCCUGGACUUCCCCGCACAACAAGUAAAAUACGAGAAAAACCUAGCAUGGACAAUUCUGAAUAACGAACUGACCUUGGGACAGUGGGGUGACUGUUUUAUUCCCCACACCCCUGGGAACCUCAAUGGGACCGGUGGUAUAGCGCAAGGUACCACCGUGUCGUUCGAGGUUUACAACAAACCUGGAUAUUUUAUAAUGCAGAAGAAUUAUAGAUUCGUCAUUGCUAAGAAAGAAACUGCCAAAUUAUUUAGUACGUGA